GUUUAUUGUGGACGUCAUUAUUUUGCGACAAGUUGCAUUUUGUCAUUGAGAAGCAAGAUGGCGUCAGCAUCAGAACAUCAGGGGGCUCCAGACAGCGAACUGGACGAAUUAUUAGACAGUGCUCUUGAUGAUUUUGACAAGACUAGUGUGCCUCCUGCAGCCCCUGAGGCCCCCACUGCCCCUGGUCCAAGAACGACUAGCGAUGAGACGCCUCCUCUGUUGGAGGACAGUAAGUUCUUUGAGGCCCUUUUUGAUGGUGAGAUGGCCAAUCAAGCGCGUGAGGAGUGGGAGAAAGCCAUGACUGAGUUAGCUCAAGAAGAACCUGAGCUUCUACAGCAUUUUAAUAAGCUGUCUGAGGCAGCAGGUAAAGUAGGCACAGAUGUAGCUUCACAACAAGAGUUCACCUCCUGUCUUAAGGAGACUCUUAGUGGGUUGGCAAAAAAUGCAGACAACCUCCAGAAUGCAGGACUGGCUGGAGAUGAUCUGGUAAAGACCUUGGAGAACCUGGGAUUGAAUGAAAAUGGGGAGGGAGGUGAUGAUGGCAAUAUUCUCCCAAUUAUGCAGUCCAUCAUGCAGAACCUUUUAUCCAAAGAAGUUCUGUACCCUUCUCUUAAAGAGAUAACUGAGAAGUACCCUGAAUGGCUGGAGAGCAACAAGCAAUCCCUUCCCACAGACCAGUUCAUGCGGUAUGAGCAACAGUACAAACUAAUGGGAGAAAUAUGCAGCCAAUUUGAGAAAGAUGGAGACAAAGACAACACGUUUGAAAACAUUCUGGAACUCAUGCAGAAGCUGCAAGACUUGGGUCAACCUCCAAAAGAACUUGCUGGAGAGGCACCUCCUGGCUUGAAUUUUGACCCAGAAUCUCUGCACCUUCCUGGAGCGCAAGGGGUCCCAGGACCAGAGCAGUGCUCAAUCAUGUGAUCUCAAUGAGGUCAAAUCAAUGUACGUUUGAAAACAAUACAAUUUGGAGCUAAUUAUAUGAACCUGAAUUGGACACAGUUGAUCAUGCUCCCCUUUUAAUGGAGUUUGCUUUUGUGUCUGCACUGAAACUGUGAACGUUCACUACAUUAUUUUACUUCGUAGUUCUUGUCCACAGAGGUUCAUUUCAUAUUCAUCCCUAAACCAUUUACUGUCCUCACUGUAGAGCAGCUCUUGGCAUUUUGGGUGAAGCUUGACAUCUCGGUGUGUUGACAGCUUAGUAAAAAUCUAAGUGUUCAGAAUUUUGUAAAGGUUUUACGCGUUUACUUCAAAGCACAUUUGACAGGUAUUGCAGUGGACUGUGUUUUGAGAUGAGACGGGUAUUUACAGGUUGAUUGGUUUCAUUUUAUUUUUUAAUCUCAGAAGAAUAGUCAAGGUCAACAAAUAGUUUCCAACAGAUUGAUUACAUUAUUUUAAUACACAGCAUAAUGUCCAUUUAUUCUCACGAUAUAUAAUGUAUACUAUUUUUGUGAUUUGACAACUUACCUAUGACCAAAACGCUUUCUCAGAUGCAGGAUUUUCAAAACCUGCUGACACUUAAGAUGCAGGCUGACAAUAUAUCCGUAAUAUGAUUCUUUGACCCAUAGACUGCAUUUGUAAUGAAGUACAAUAAUUCUCUCCCUGUGUCUUCUAAUGGUUACUAUAUCUAUCUGCAUAUAGAGCGGUUUGGAGGGUCGCCGUGUAAAUUAAAAUAAUUCCCAUCAUUCCUAUGGUGGUGCCUCUUUGUAAUGUUAUUUUCACAAUAGUCCUAAUUUGCCUUGAAUAUUGAAAGAAUAUUUAAAUUAAUAUUCUGCAUUAACAUUAAAAGAACUUAUUAAAUCCCAGGAUACCUCAAAAGUAGGUUAAAGUUUGCAGCCAUUGCUUUUGAGGGGAUGUUUAUGUGGUUUUGACUGCAUGGAAAUGAGAUCCUUUCACAGGAUCCAAUGGGGAGUUGGUUAUCAGUUUGCUUUCUUGACACUUGCAGACCGUGCAGAUGAGCUGGACAAAAAUACGAAAACGGUUACAACACUCAGGGGUUGCUCACACCCAAGCACUUAAAUCAGAUAUUCUUUGUUCCCUUAAAUGUACAGUUCAUUGGUCUUGUCAUACAUACCACCCUGUAUGGAAGAACUGCAAUUCUCAAAAAUCGAAAUAAAUGUUCUAAACUUAAAAUGUGUUAUAUUCUUCACUUCACCAAUUUAAUUCCUGUAACAUAUCAAAUUAAGCUCAACUCAAGACAAAAUAGUUUGAUAUAUUGUUUGAUAAUUAUGAUUUUUAAAUAUUAUAUAACCUUGUUUUUAAAACCAUUGUACAAAUGUUUUGAGUAUUUAAUUUGAACGUUAAGCGACAUAUAGAACAAUAGACGUUUGUAGAAUUUUUAUGUAUUUUAUUUGUUUUAAUUCAGCGUAUUACUUUUAAUUACAAGUAAACAUGCAAAUGUAUUAUUACUUUUAUUGUGUAAAAAGAUUUUCUUCGGAUUUACGUGGAGAUCACAAGACAAAUAAUAAAUGUUAUGUUGCAAUGCUGUAUCUAUAGACAAUAAUGGUAUAAUAAAUGACUAAAAUAACAAGAAA